CGCUGCUGGCGUCCCGGCUCUUUCUUGGAACAAUGGGCGAGCUAAGGCGACGUGCGGGCUGCUUAGUUCUGGUGAACCUCCUCGCCUUAAACAUUCUUGAAAAUUGCUGCGAAGCAUACAAUGUUGGCCUCGAAGGAGCUAAAGUGUUUUCUGGCUCCCCAAAUGAGCAAUUUGGAUAUUUAGUCCAACAGCUUUCAAACCAAGAAGGCAAAUGGUUGCUUGUUUCUUCACCCUGGAGUGAAAAUAGAAUGGGAGAUAUCUAUAAGUGUACUGUUCAUCAACAGGGAUCCAAAUGUUUAAAGAUGGACUUGCAGAUUGUUACAAGCAUACCAGAUGUUAAUGGGAUAAAGAAGGACAUGAAUCUAGGAUUAACUCUAGUAAGAAAUCCAAGAACUGGAGGCUUUUUGACAUGUGGUCCUUUGUGGGCUCAACAAUGUGGAAGCCAGUACUAUGCAACAGGAAUAUGUUCUGAAUUCAGUCCAAGUUUUCAGAUCCUGAGAAGUUUUUCACCUGCAGUGCAAAACUGUUCUUCGGCCAUUGAUGUAGUAGUGAUAUGUGAUGAGUCAAACAGUAUUUAUCCAUGGGAUGCUGUGAAAGAUUUUUUGAAAAAAUUUACCCAAAGUUUAGAUAUAGGGCCCACAAAAAUACAGGUAGGCUUAAUUCAGUAUGGCAAUGACCCAAGAAUUGUUUUCAACCUGAACACACACACCAAUAAAAAAGCUGUUGAACAAGCAAUGUCAAAAACCUAUCAGAAAGGAGGGGACCAAACUAAUACAUUCAAAGCCAUUGAAUAUGCCAGACAACAUGCUUUCUCAAAAGAAGCUGGUGGGCGACCAACAGCCUCAAAAGUUAUGGUGGUUGUCACAGAUGGUGAAUCCCAUGAUGGCUCAAAUUUGUCAGAAGUAAUAGCUAAAUGCAAUGCAGAUAAUAUCACUAGGUUUGGUAUAGCUGUAUUAGGAUAUUUAAUUAGAAACGAGAAGGAUACUAAAAAAUUGAUCAAAGAAAUCAAAGGAAUUGCUAGCCACCCUACAUCAAAAUAUUUUUUUAAUGUGUCUUCUGAGGAAGCACUUUUGGAAAAAGCGGGAACACUUGGGGAACGAAUUUUCAGCUUAGAAGGCACCAAUCAAGGUGACUUAUUCCAGAUGGAAAUGUCACAAGUGGGUUUCAGUGCUUCCUACUCACAGCAAAAGGGAGUUCUGAUGUUGGGUGCUGUUGGGGCCUAUGAAUGGACUGGAACAGUGGUCCAGAAGAGAGGAGAAAAAGACACUAUAUUUCCCAAUACAACAUUUCAAAAUGUUUUGCAAAAAAAUCGGAACUCCUACUUAGGUUAUUCUCUUGCUGUUCUUUCCAUGGAAAACUCAGUCUAUUUUGUUGCUGGUGCUCCACGGUCCAGUUACACUGGCCGAGUUGUGGUUUAUGAGGUUGAUGACCACAACAACAUAACGAUCAUUGACUCUCAAAGAGGAGAGCAGAUCGGUUCCUAUUUUGGCAGCGUAGUGUGCUCUGUUGAUAUUAACAGAGACUCCAUAACAGAUGUGCUGUUGGUUGGCGCACCAAUGUUUAUGAAUAGUUUAAAAAAAGAAGAAGGAAGAGUCUACAUGUUCACAGUCACAAAGGGAAUUUUGGACAAACGAGAACUCCUUGAAGGUCCUGAAGGACUAGAAAAUGCUCGGUAUGGAUCUGCUAUCACUGCUGUUUCUGAUAUUGAUUUGGAUGGCUUUAAUGAUGUGAUAGUUGGAGCACCAUUAGAAAACCAGAAUAGUGGUGCUAUAUACAUUUACAAUGGUAAACAAAGGACAUUACACACUAAAUAUUCCCAGAAAAUUUUAGGAUCAAACCCUGCAUUUGCUCAGCCACUCCAGUAUUUUGGAAGAUCAAUCGAUGGUCACAUUGAUUUAAAUGAUGAUGGAAUUACUGAUGUAUCUGUGGGUGCCAAUGGAAAUGUAAUUCAACUCUGGUCACAGAGUAUAGCCAAUGUGACUGUACAUGUUUUAUCUACUCCUCCGAAGAUCAGCCUGCAGAACAAGAAUACAGAAAUAAAAUUAAACAUAUGUUUCACAGCAACUUUUAGACCUAUCCAUAAGAGGGAUCAAGUGGAUAUUAGAUACAACCUAACAUUGGAUGCAGAUCUCUUAUCUUCACGCGUUACCUCUAGAGGAUUAUUUAAAGAAAACAAUGAGAGGUCUCUGCAGAAGAGCAUCAUAAUCAACAAUUGGAAGAAGUGUGUGAAUCAUAUUUUUAAUGUCCAGGCCCCUUCUGACGCUAUCGAUUCCCUUAACGUGCGCAUUGAUAUUGGGCUCAAGAACCCCAACUCAAGCCCUGCUCUUGAUAAAACAUCUCCUACCUGUCUUGUUUACAGUAUACCAUUUGUCAAAGAGUGUGGCGAAGAUGAAGUUUGCAGGACAGAUCUCAUUCUUGAAGUUCAACAGAAAAAUAUUGGGAACAACAAGCAGUAUUUUCUUGUAACCAAUAAAAACAAAAAACUGACAUUUGGUGUGAAGUUGACAAACGUGGAUGAAAACGCGUACAACACCAGAAUUCAAGUGGCUUUUUCUGAAAACCUGCGUUAUGCUUCAUCUUCGGGGGUGGAUGAAACUGAAGUUUUAUGUCAGAAUGAAGAUGUCAGUCAUCUUGUCUGUCAAAUCAGCUAUCCUGUUUUUAAAGCAGGGCAAGAGAUAUCCUUUGACAUUAAUUUUGACUUCAGCUCGAAAAAUUUUCAGAAUGUGGCAGUAUUACGUUUUCAAGCUUUGAGUGCAAGUAAUGAAGAAGAUUAUAGAAACAAUCAGGUGAACCUAACACUUCCCCUUCGUUAUGAUGCAGAACUUCACUUAAUGAGAUCUACUAGUAUGGACUUCUACGAAGUAUAUUCUAAUCAUAAGGUUUACUCCACUGUGAAUAAUUUUGAUGAAAUUGGACCUGCAUUUAACUUUUCAGUUAAGGUCACAAGAGGAAGUAAUCCAAUCAAUAUGGCAACUUUAAAAAUCCAUAUUCCUAAGCAGACUAAAGGGAAUAAUCCUUUGAUGUAUGUGACUGCAGUGCACACCAGUCAGGACAGUGAUAUCAGCUGUCAUGGACUCAUCAAUCCACAUGAAAUUGGAUCGCAAAGCUAUGCUGCAUCAUUUUCGAAAGAAAACUUCAAAGAUUUGAAAGAAUUGAACUGUAAGAACAUCAGAUGUGAUACGAUCACAUGCACUUUAAAAGAUAUAUCCCUGAAACCUGAAAAUUAUGUUAAUAUUUCUACUAGAAUCUGGAAUGGAACAUUUGCUGCUUCAACCUUCCAGAAAAUAGAAUUAUCUGCAAGCACAGAAAUUGAUGCUGACGAUUCCGAGCUGUUUAUAACAGGAGAAAGUAUUUUAUCAAUUCCUAUUACAAUAAUCAAACCUGAUGAGAAAGCAGGAAUACCGGUUGGAAUUGUAAUAGCAAGUGUCCUGAUAGGUCUGCUCUUGCUCGUAGUUCUUACUGCUGUUUUAUGGAAACUUGGCUUCUUCAAGAGAGAAUACAAGAAAAUGGGAACAGAUUUGGAAGACAUGGAUGAGAUUACAGGACUUACUAAAGACAGAGAAUAAAUAUAGCAGAAAUAUUCCUGGGUGUAUGAAUCAUGAGCCACAAGCAGUGCUUGCAAUCACCAAGUUUAAUUUCUACGAGUGUCUUAUUAAAAGGUUUUACACUUUUUAUAAUUGAAAAUAUUGUACAUAUAACUGCUGGUCGGUUUGGGCUUUUGUUUACAGUUGUAUAAAGAUUUUGUUUUUGUAUAUUUUUGUAUUGUUAUUAAUGGACCUUCUGAAUUGGCAGGACCAGAAAUAAUACUGAAAUCUGCCAGGAAUACUGUUUUAUACCCUUGAUAAGCAUACAUGUGGAACAGAUUACCUUUAUUCACCAUUAACAGGACCUGUUAAUUUUCAUCCUGCAGUAAAAAUCACUCCUUGAGUUAUUCAAAAAUUUACACAUACUGAGCAAUGCCAGCAUCAUCUCAGUCAGUGCCUGGAUUCAGAUAUUAAACCAUAAGUUGGUUUGUUGACUUGCUUGUGAAUAUAUGUGACGUGUGAAUCUGACCAUUAUCGCUUAGCACAGUAUUGCUCAACCGUAUGCAAUUAUUUGUAGCUCAUUGUGGCACCAAAGAAAGGAUAGCACUUAUUAAUUAAUGCAUCAUCUAAAAAAGCUGGAGUGUAUGAAAUAAUCUUGCAAAUAUUACUAACUGUGUUAGAGCCAUAUUGCAUUAUGUGGAAGCAAGUUUUAUGAUGACUCAACCAAGUACUGGUUGCAUACCCAAGCUGUAACAGUAAACUCUACAUUCAACUGGAUAUACUAGUACAGACCAGUCUGGUCAUGAUUGAAGGUUGGUGUCAGCCCCACUAGGUAGGCCAGUCCAGGAAAUCAACUCCAAAAAAAGGCUAAAGCUACUUUUACUGAGAUUGGCUAUCAUAACAGAAUCUUGCAAGCCUGAUUGUGCCGUGCCUCCUCCUCCUCCUUAUAGUUCUGUGAAUCAAGGAGGCAUCUGAGAUGCUUGUGAAUGUCAUCUGGCUGUUCGGAACUUUAAAAAUGCUUCAGCCUCUUUUGCUUAGGCAACAAUUCCUGCAUAUCUCUAUCAAGGUCCUCUUCCUUAUUCUCUACACCAGGUCCAACAGCUGCCUCUGGCCAAAAUAGCAAGUUGGCUAUUUUUUCCUCCUUUAAUCAGAAAAACAAGAAAGCUCUGACGUUCCUUGAUGUGGAGAUUAUCCUUUUGAUAAACUGGAAUGGCCUUUUGUUUUUAUGACUUUGAAGAAGAUAAACUGCAGUUCAAAUUUUCUCAUCUGGAUACAGAACAUAGAUAAAGAACAAACUAUGAUCACGGUAAAUGGACUUCUACCAGAAAAAUUUUUUCUGGUAGAAAAUAAAAUAUUUUAUUUUAGUGAAGGGGAGAAGACACGGUUGUCUCCUCUUCUCUUUCUUCUUUUUAUUGGCAUUGGAAACACUACCAAGGAAGAUACAGCAAGAAAAUAAAAUUUCAGGAAUGAUGAUGUACUUCUACUGAGGAAGCAGGACUCUUAAGAAAUAUCUGGCAAAUCAAGAAUAAACUUAAAUUGUCUGCUGGCAAUGUAGUUACAGUUAUACAUCCAAGAGACUUCUCUAGAAUAUCUAAUGGAACAUAUACAGCAGUUUGGUUAUCUGAGGAAGAGAAGCAAUACCUGGGUUAAAUACCUGUGAAUUUAUGUAAUAAAGAACGAUGAAGACCUAUUUAAUCACAAUUACAGAUUUGGAAAAGUACAAUGGCACAAAGUUUAAGAUGGAAAAAGUUAAACUUGUCCUGAUUAGGAAGACUAUCAGCCAUACAAGUGAGUAUUUUACUGAGGAUCAACUUUUAAUUUCAAAAUGAUUCCAGUAAGAAUUGAAGAGAAGAUAUUUAAAGGGUGGGAGAGACAACUAAAGAUAUCAAGGAUUAAACUUAAGAUUUUCCAAGAUGUGAAAGAAGGGAGAAGCAGUACCAAAAGUUAAAGUAUAUUAUCAAGCCAGCUAUUUAAUUUAGAUUUCAAACUGGAUCACAUUAUCUUUCAUCUGGGUUACUUCUACUGAGGGAGCAGCACUCUCAGAAGUUCUGCAUAAUUAUCUUUGGUUGGAUACAGACAGAAAUGUACAAUCUAUAAAAGAUUAUUAUAAACAACCCACUAGAAGUGUGGGAAAAACACAGAAAAAGUAUAAGCCCAGACUGAUCACUCCUUGGUUCAAUACUGAAUAUUUUAAAAAUACUGUCGUCUUGUCUUGCUGAUCUUUGCAUUAAGAAUAGAUCUUCUAAAAUCAUGUAGAAACAUUUAUGAAUCAUUCAUUCUGACUGAUUUUUAUACUGGUUGCCUACGUUAAUUACUGAAUACUGAUUUUAUUUUAAUGAUUUUAAGUGCUGUAUUGAUAUAAGGUCUUCCAUAUGCAAUACUAAUCAAAUGUCACUUUGAAUUUUUUAAUUCCUUUUUAUACAGCAUGUAAAUCUUUUAUGCCUUUUCAACUCUUUUUCUAGGUGGUGCUUUCAAAUAGCGGUUGAAAUAGGUAAAUAAAUAAUAAAAGGAAACUCUCAGAAAACACAGGAUUCCUGCCCAAAAAGCCGUGAUAAAAUGCCCAGUAAAAGUGUUAACUAGUUUCCCAGCAACAAGACAAACUCAACAAAGAUCUAACAAAAAAGUAAAAAGAGUACCACCUAAAAUGGCAGAGGGUUUUAAGGAACAGUCAGGCUUCCCCUGAAGCAGUAAACUUUAUAAUCUGGACACCAGCUUCCAAUCUUCACGUCCAUCCCAGCCAAAAUGCACAGCAUUUUAUUUCUGCAUCACAAAACUAUUAGAUUUAGUGACAUUUAUGAGCCAAAUGACAUUGAGAGCAGAAUAGCUGGUCUUAUGUAAAAUUCUUGGUGUAAAACAGUAUUUGUAUAUCUUUAGGACUAAGGUACUAAUUUCUGAACAUUCUAUCGUCCAGUGAUCAUGUUAUAAUCCAGAUUAUGGUACAAGUAGUCCUCAUUUAGCAACCGCAAUUGAUACUGGCAACUUGGUUAAGUGAAGCAGUUGCUGAGUAAAAAAUCAGGUGACCAUGAUUGUGCUUACAGUUUUACACAGGACAAUGCAUACUAACUGACUGUAAUGGCAAACGCAUGAUUGAGAGAGAUGCCGCAAUGGUCAUAAAUGUGAGGAUUGGUUGCAAAGUUACUUUUCAUCACUGUCGCAACUGCGAACAGUUGCUGUCUGAAGCAGUCGAUAAG